AAAUGUUCGAUCUGUUGCUCUCACCUCCAAAAUCCUUCAAAAAAACGUCGAGAGAGAUCGAGCGAGAGAGAGCUUCUUCAAUCACUCCCCAAAUCUUCCAACGUCGAUCAACUUCGAUUUCUUUGAUCCCGGAUUUCGAGCAGAACUAGGGUUUGGUAUCAAGUGAAAAAUUUUCUUCUUGCAGUGAUUCGAAAAGAGAGGAGUUUAAAGGUUAAGAUGAAUCUACAACAGAGCACACAGCCCAGAUCUUCUAUUAAUGGGUUUGGUCGUCGAAGAGUUGAUAGAGAAAUUGGCCCCAAGAUUGAGAGUAAGACGCACACUGGGAAGGCAGCCUCUUGCAAUUUUGGUAAUGCAGAAAAUGGUGGAACAUCAGGAGAUAUGAUAAAUGAUUCUCGUGAUCGGUUGAUAUAUGUUAUUUCAUAUCUUCUUGGCCUCCGUGUGGAAGUCCAUGUGAGGAAUGGAUCAAUAAUAUCCGGAAUAUUUCAUGCAACAAAUACUGAAAAAGACUUUGCAAUUGUUUUGAAGAAGGCUCAAGUCACUAAGGAUGGUUCUGUCAGAGCACAGAAGCCUAUGUCUGAGGCUGUGAAAAAGCCCAUGGAUAUGAUCAUACAAGCAAAGGAUCUUGUUCAAGUUGUAGCACAGGAUGUGCCUUUAAAUAUUGAGGAAUUCUCAAAUGCAUAUCCCCAUGAAAAACGGAAGGAUCUAAUGAUAGACUUGGCCAUAUCAAGCUCUCGUCAUCUAGAGGCAGAGAGAGAACUGGAACGCUGGACCUCUGAUGCAGGUGACGCGGACUGCCCUGAACUGGAAGAUAUAUUUGAUGGAACUUGGAAUAGAAAAUGGGACCAGUUUGAGACAAAUGCAGCUCUCUUUGGAGUGAAGAGUACAUUUAAUGAGGAACUAUAUACAACAAAGCUUGAGAAAGGUCCCCGAAUGAGAGAAUUAGAAAGGGAAGCUACAAGAAUAGCUAGGGAAAUAGAGGGAGAGGAAACCCGGGACCUUCAUUUAGCUGAGGAAAGAGGCAUUCAGUUGGAUGAAGAUUUCGACCUCGAUGAGGAACUUAAAUAUUCAGCAGUUCGAAGGGAAAUUGAUGAUAACACUUUUGGAGAAAGUCGAAUUUCAUCUUCGGAUACCUACAAUACCGAAACUUUUGGUAGCUCCCAUGGUGGUACAAUUCCUAAAUCAUACGCAGAUAUCUCAAGAAGUAAAUUCACUGAUGGAGCGCAUGUAUUAUCUACCUGUUCAUCUGUGGAUGCAGGAGCUUCUUCUGAAAUUCAUUCUGGUAAGGAUGCAGAUCCUUAUAGUUCUGAAGACACUGACAUAUCUUCUGCUGACAACAUUAUAGCCAAGAAAUCUGCAGCAAUCAAUGAUAAGAGCAGGUUGGGCGAGAAGCAUAUAAAGAAUCAAGUCAAAGAAACGAGUAUCUUGAAUGAGGGCGCUGAGAGAACUGCACUCGAAAAGGCUCAAACAUCGCAAGAUAAAGCACUACAAUCCUCAGCUGAUGCUAAGGAUCUUUCUUCUAGUACUGCUGCAAAUGAUCAGUCUUCUUCUAGUCAAGACAGCGAACGAUCUAAUUGUGGACAUUCUGAACGUGUAACUUCUGCUGCUAACGAGCUUGUGAAUCCCUCUCUUCGUUCUGGAACUUCUGCACCAUCUACUUCUGAGCGUAUUUCUGCAGGCUUAGUUUCAAGUGGUCCUGGUCUAUCUCCAAGUUCUUCUAUGGGAUCAUUAUCUUCAGAAAAGUCAACGUUAAAUCCCAAUGCUAAGGUUUGUCUGUUGACUUGCUUCCCAGUUAACACACUGGACAUGUUAGCUUUCAUGAACCUAUGGCCCUACACAUAUACAGUAUCAGAACUAACUUCACUUAUGGGCAUAGUUACUGAAAUUCCUUAUGAGACUUCAUAUGUUGGACCUUCAUUUGGUGGGCAUCAGCAUGUUUUUAACGCACAGUCUGCACAAUUACAGUCUUCCCAGGCAUAUAUCCAUCCUAGUGGUCCACUGUACGGUCAGCAGGUGAUUCUUGGACAGCCACAACCUGUUUAUUACAUGCCAACAUAUCCACCCGAGAUGCCAUACAAAGGAAGAAAUUUCUAGCGCGAUCGAUGCAGCCGUUUCUGAGAUGGAAGAUGGCGAUGUAUUCAUAUGGCAAUUGAACUAUUUCGAAGACACGAGACCUUUAGUCCAUCAUAUAAAGAUGCAGACGGCCAAAGAAACACCCACCUCAACUUGAUAUGGAAGAUUGGCCUCUCUAUGUUCUGCCUGGGUUCUUGUUGGAUUCUUCUUCUGAAUACUUCGAAGAUGUGAUUAGUGGUUGCUCACCCAGAAUUUUUUUUUUAUAAAUUGGAAAUGAAAUGAGAAUGUUAUAAAGUUUAUUGGGUAGCUAUUAGAGAAGACUCGAGAAAAUGUUGUGUACUUACAUAGGCCGGGGCUCUCUUGUACUAAUGUUGAACUAUCAAAUUUAGCUUGCUGGGCAUCCAGUCUGUUUUUAUUUUUAUUCUUUUGUAACUUUGCUUAUAUUAUGUUUGAUUUCAAUGGGCAGGAUAAUCAAAUUGUAUUCUUGUUCUGUUUUUGACUUGGGUUUAUUCUAUAUAUGUAUUGAUUCUGACAA